UCAAAAAACGAAGAUAAAAACAGUGCAAUAAAUCGGUUUUUUUAUGGUGACUCGGUUGGUGCUUCUGAAUCGGAUGACUUCAGGUUCGAUUCAUGUGAAUAAUUCCGACUGAAUUUAGCUCCUUUGUCGUCGAUGUUCCUUUUUUCUUCCGUUGGGUCUUCCUUUGCUGGGGUACAAGAAACAAAGCCUCGCGCCCGUAUCUCAUUGUCGGAAAUGUUCUCUCGUUUUUCUUCUUGAUCGAGAGGAAAAUGGUUCCUGAUCGGGUUUUGGCGGUGGAAAAGUGAUACGUUUUUACACCGGUUGCCUGAAUUUCGAGGAUAGUAAAAUGCAUAAGGCUCUGCUUUCACGAUCUCUGCUGACGGCGUUAGCGACGCUGUCGACACUCCCCUUCUCGGCGAGCACCCUCUACCGAAAGACCCGAGAGGAUCAGUACUACUACCGUCGCUACGGGAACAGCUACCCUUCGGCCCACGGCGGCGCCGGCGAGGACGCCCAACCCCGGCAGAUCCCCAGCCCCAAGUACAUCCCGGGCUCCAAAUACCCCACCGAGGGGCAAUGGGUCAAACUGGACCCCAUCGACUACCACUACCCCAAGCCGAGCUACGACUCCAACUCCGGCUUCCGGCCCAACGACUCGCCCUACCCGGACUCGAGGCCAAAGUUCUUCCAAUCGGACCACCGCUACUCCCCCAGCGGGCACAGUGGCUACCCCUCCGGCCCGUCAUCCUACCCCUACCCCUCCGGUCCUUCCUCCGCCUACCACCCACCCUCCGGCCCUUCCUCCGCCUACCACCCAUCCUCCGGCUCGUCGUAUCAUCAUAGACCCUCUGUCUCCGGCUCAGGUUACCCGUACAACUCGGGGUCUUGGAACUCCCACCAUGGGAUCUCCUCCUACGGCUGGGACAAGCGGCCCGCCGACUCGCUCUGUGGGGUUUGCCCCGGGACUUCCGGGAGUACGGGCGGUCUGGGGGGUGUGGGGGUUUCCCCCCAAAGGGGCGAGUACCGCGGCAACGGGUACGACAACCUGAGCCCCGAGUGGGCGAUCCGCCAGAUGAAGCACCACGGUGGGGGAAGUUACUCGCAUUCGCCCCGACCUCAGUGGGACAGUUGGAACAAGUACCCGCCUCCUGCGGACUACAACCGGGGGACCGACGAUCGCGGAAACGCUGGGAGUAGCUGGAGCUCGGGGUCUGGCUACGGGGGGACGAGCGGUGCGGGGGUGUCGUCGUGGGGGGACAAGCGCCCCGAUCAGGAUCGGCGCCCCUACUCGCCGCGCCCUUACGACGACCGGAAGGGCAUCUACCCGGUGAAGUCGACCCCAGGGACGGGCUACUGGGACAGCCACCCGCCGCGGGAGAUCGGCUGGGACCCGGAGGACGGCCGCGUGGGCGUGGUGUCCGGCUGGAUCGGAGGGCAGAAAGGGGGCAGCAAGGGGGGCUACAAGGGGGGCUACGACGACUACGAUCGGAAGGACGGCGACGUGGGCCGCGUGACGUCGGGUUACGUCUUCGUGCCGAACGCGAUCGAGGCGAAGCCGUGGGACGCCACGACGAAGGGCUACUCCAAGCCCGCCAACUGGGGCGCCGGCUACGAUCGAGACUACGCCUCCAGGUGGGACUACAACGCCCCCAUGUCGCAUGACAGGAAACCUCAGGGCUACGACCACAUGCCGGACAGGUUCGACAGAAGACCGGAUGGAUGGGACGCCAGACCGGGAGGCUAUGACACUAGGCCUGGCGGGUAUAACACUAGACCAGGUGGGUAUGACACUAGACCAGGUGGGUAUGACUCUCGGCCUGGCGGGUAUGACAGUAGACCUGGAGGAUAUGACAGUAGACCAGGGGGAUAUGACAGUAGACCAGGGGGAUAUGACAGUAGACCGGGAGGGUACGAUACCAGGCCAAGUGGAUACGAUACAAGGCCUGGAGGAUAUGACUCCAAACCAGGUGGAUAUGAUGCCAGGCCUGGAUUCGACAGGAGACCAGACGGGUACGACAGAGGGUCGGAGGGCUGCAGGACAGGUUGCGGACGGCCGGGUGACACACUCCACGGACAUGAUUGGCGAGAGAGCGGAACCAGUCAGGAUGGAUACCCUUCCAAGAGGCCAGACCAUUCCUUCCCGCCUUCAGGCCCCGGCAACUAUGACAGCUCAACCCGAUUCCAAAAUGACAGACUGCCAGCUCCUACUCCCACCCGAUUCAAUGGACACAGCGGUAUCGGAGCAUCGACAGAAUAUGGAUACGUCUACAGAGGCUCCUACCAGCAGGACAGAGACCAAGUUGUUUCCACCACUAUUUCGUCGCUUCCUGUCUCCACUACCAUUGUCCCAUCAACAACCCUCCCACCGGAGUAAAUAAGAUACUCACCCCAGUUGCGGCAAUCAUGUAAACAGCGAUUUUAUCGGUGGCAAUUCAACGCGAUAUUAUUGGAUUAAAAAUUGCGAUUUAUCGCGAUUAAAUACUAUACACUGCAAUUUUUGGUUCUAUGAAAUCGCGAUCAAUAUUUGUCGAUAAAAUCGAGAUUGAAUCGUCGUAUAUCGCGAUGGAUUGCCGGGCGAUAAAAUCGCGAUAGGAUCGAGGAUAAUUGCUCAGAUGAUGACGAUCCUAUCACGAUUGGUCCGUUGAAAAAUGAUACCCAAGUAGCAUUUUUAAAUGUAAAAGUUGCAACAAGUUGGAACAAUGUUGGAAUUAGUUGCAACAAAAUUGCAACUUUCGGUCAACUUUUGGUCGAUAAGUGCCGAUUUUCGGCGAUCUGAUCGGAAGACAAAGUUGCAACCUGCUGAGAUCGCAAAAUUGCUGAACCAAAGUUGUUUAAAAUCUAAAGAUAGGCA